AUGACGGAACACCAAAUGAUUGUAUUGCUGGUAAUCGUUUCCGGGCUCCUCGUGUUGCUUGUUCGAAUUGUUUAUGUGCUACCCACACAAAGAAGGCCUCGUCAAACAGUGCUCAGGCUCGAGCCUACCGACGAACGUCUCAUGGUGUUUUUGGGCCUGGGUGGUCAUACGGGGGAAAUGAUAAGACUUUUGAAUCAACUUCCAUUGGAGAAUGUGAAAUGGCGAACUUAUGUCAUUCUGAUAGGUGACGCAAAUUCUGCCAAAAGGAUUGAGGAGCUCGAGAGUGGACGUCGUGGUCAAGUCGAUUACGUAUUCGUUAAACGGGCUCGCAAUGUCGGAGAAUCGUUGAUGUCAUCUGUUCACAGUACCACCAGUUCUUUUGUUCUGAUUGCUCGCCAACUCGCAUCAUUGCGUAAAUUGCCCACUGUUUUACUUCUAAAUGGACCCGGUACAUGUGUUCCUAUUGCUUAUGUGCUAUUUGCUUGCAAAUGUGCAGGUUUAUGCUCUACCAGGAUAUUGUAUGUUGAAUCGUUAGCGCGUGUUUCGAAAUUGAGUAUGUCGGGUCUAUUACUUCGACCUAUCGCUGAUAGAGUCCUCGUACAAUGGCCUCAGCUUACCUCAAAAUAUACCGGGGUGGAGUACAGUGGCAUACUUGUGUGA